AUGCCGUAUCCCUUCCAACUUCCCACCACCAGUGCGACGCCUCUAUCCCAGUCUCUAACCUCCUACACUCAUCCCUCUCUCCCACUCACAGCAACAACGCACCGUCACUCUCUACGCCAAUGCCUCAAAUCCUGGAAACGCACACCUCCCGCCCAGCAACAAUCGCAACUCCCACAGCUCAUACAGGCCAUUACGGCAUACCUCCCCUACCUCUUCGCCCUCGAUGCUGGCCUCUCUGGCAAGGCCGUGGCCGGCGAAGAGCUCGAUGUUGUGCUCGUCAGCGAAGUCAUCGUGGAAUGGAAACCCGUACUCAGCAAGACUGAGAGAGAAUCUGCACGCGCUGGUCGCGUCCGCCUGAAAAGCCUCGAAUCCGAACUCGCAUUCACCCUCCUCACACUCGCCCUCGCACACAUCCUCGCUGCCCGCACACACCUCCGAGUCCUUCUCGCCGAUACCCCAGACUCUUUCUCGCUCACCACCCGCAGCGCACAACACGCCAAAGCCCUCCGCAGCAUGCUCGACGCCCACUCCAUUCUCACUUACCUACUGCCGCGCACCCAGUCCGCGCCCACCCCUCCCGUCGCAGACAUUUCACCCUCCGCCAUCUCCGCCCUCCAAUCCCUCACCCUCGCCGAUGCAACGCUCCUCUUCGUCGCAAAGGACGAUCCCUAUCCAGCCGCCCUGGCCGAGGCCCGCAGCAAGAGCAGCACCGAAUGGAUGUACAAGGCGCCCAGUCUGGGUAAGGUGCGCGCCGGCCUGUUCGCGCGCUGCUGUCUCGAAGCCGCCGCCCACGCUUCCCGCGCACACUCGCUGUUCUCCGCCGCGAGCACGAGCACAGGCGGAGGGACAGGCAGGAGCAUCGACGAACUCGGGCUUGGCAUCGCAUGGCUACGCGGCGCGAAGACCGAGCUGGGCUUGGCCGUGGCCGGCAGCGAAGACGCGGACGCGGACACGGGGGCCAAGCGCAGCGGGUUGGCGAAGCUGAAGAGCUCAUGGAAGGAGAGCCGCGAGGCGAAGAAGGUGCAGACGCAUACGGCGUGGGGUGCGGACGGCGGGCGUGCCGAGGAGGCGCUGAUACUGGACGAUCUGGAGAGGAAGUGGAUGAAGACGAAUGAUACGAUUGGGGUGCAGACGAUACCUGGGUAUGCGGCGCUACUGGCGGGGAUGCCGAGUGGGCGGGAUCCGUUGAGGGAGAUGUUGAGGCCGUGGAAGGUGCCGGUCUUGGAUGCGGAGGAGGUUGCGCGGAUGAGGGCGCCGCCGGAGAGCGGGGACCGGGUCGAGGAAGGGGAGAGUAGUGGGGACGACGAUAGCGUAGUGCCAGGAGCGUUUCCGGAGGGCGUAGGGGCGUACUAUUAG